CAGAGAACAGCAGACACGCAGUAGGGACAUAAAGCUGUGAGCGAGCCGGUAGCACCGACACGGACGGCUGCAUUUAACUGUAAUUCAUCGGUCGCUUAAAACUGAUGUACAUUCUGAGGAAAUACAUCGGAUUUUCUUUCCGACGGAUAUCGGACUGUAACGGGAUUUGUGCUUCGUGGGAAUACCGGACAGAACAAUGAGGGGGGAAGUGCUGUUGUUCAUCUCUAUCCUUUCUCUCACGUCAGUUGUCGGGCACGUCAGCUACUCUAUUCCCGAGGAAAUGGCUAAAGGGUCUUUAAUCGGUAACAUAGCACAAGAUUUAGGUUUGGACAGAAAACGACUGACAUCUGGCAAAGCUCGGAUUUUUACGGGAGACAGCGCAGAAUACAUCGAGCUGAACAGAGAACGAGGCGUCCUCCUCAUCAAGGAGAAAAUAGACAGAGAGGCGCUCUGUGGACAGACGACGCCCUGCGCUUUGCAUUUUCAGGUUAUUUUGGAAAACCCUAUGGAAUUAUACACGGUUGUUGUCGAGAUUACAGAUAUCAAUGACAACACCCCAACUUUUGAAAAAGCUGAAAUGAAAUUCAAAAUAAGCGAAUCUGCUGUAAUCGGAGCCAAGUUCAUGUUAGAGAGGGCAAUAGAUGCUGAUGUUGGUAUGAACAGUCUGCAGAGAUACACUCUCACCAAAACCGAGAAUUUCGUUCUGAAAUUAAAAGAACAGCCCGAUGGAGAAAAGAUAGUUGAAAUGGUUUUACAGAAACCUCUUGACAGAGAAAAACAAGAGGAGAUAUUUCUGGUGUUAACUGCAGUGGACGGAGGGGAACCAAACCUAUCUGGCACAGCACAGAUACAUGUUACAGUGCUUGAUAUUAAUGACAAUGCACCCGUUUUUACAAAGACGGUGUAUAAAGCUACAAUACCUGAAAACGCCUCUAAAGGUACAGUUAUAACCACGGUCAGUGCGUCAGAUGCUGAUAAAGGAUCAAACUCAAGGGUUACGUAUUCAAUUUCAAACACAGCUGCAGGUGUACGAGACAUGUUUGAGAUGAACGAAGUAAAUGGGGAUUUGAUUCUGAAAAGUAGUCUGGAUUAUGAAAAGGCCCGUUUCUAUCAAAUACAUGUGCAAGCCAGUGAUGAAGGAGGGCUGACGGAUUCAUGUAAGAUUACGGUUGAAGUGAUAGACAUUAAUGAUAACAAGCCAGUGAUUAAUAUAAUGUCACAGACUAAUGUCAUUCUCGAAGACUCUAAAUCAGCAACAGUUGUUACUAUGGUAAAUGUUCAGGACUUAGAUUCUGGAGAUAAUGGCAAAGUUCAGUGUGCAAUCAAUGAAAAUAUUCCUUUUACAUUGAAGCCGACUUCAAGUAAUUUCUUUAACCUGAUAACAGACAGUGACUUAGACAGAGAGAGAGCCGCUGAGUAUAAUAUCACAGUGACCUGCUCUGAUGAAGGAGUGCCCUCCCUCUCCAGCAGCGUCACUCUCACCUUACAGAUCUCUGACGUUAACGACAACGCGCCUGUCUUUGAGAGGAGCUCAUAUGAGGCCUACAUUGUAGAAAACAACACACCAGGCCUCUCUAUAUUCACAGUGAGAGCCAGAGACGCUGACUGGAACCAGAAUGCUCGUGUUUCUUACAUCCUGGAGGACUCCUCUGUUAACGGAGUGCCAGUCUCCUCAUAUGUGUCCGUCAGUGCUGAUAGUGGUGUCAUCCAUGCAGUGCGCUCUUUUGACUACGAGCAGAUCAAAGAUUUCCACUUCCGCGUCAAAGCGCAGGAUGGAGGCUCUCCUCCACUCAGCAGUAAUGUGAGUGUGAAAAUAAUGAUCCAGGACCAGAACGACAACCCUCCUCAGGUUCUGUACCCGGUCCAGACUGGAGGCUCUCUGGUGGCUGAAAUGGUGCCUCGUUCAGCAGAUGUGGGCUAUCUGGUGACUAAAGUGGUGGCUGUUGAUGUGGACUCUGGACAGAAUGCCUGGCUCUCCUAUAAACUGCAGAAAGCCACAGACAGGGCGCUGUUUGAAGUGGGCUUACAGAAUGGAGAAAUCCGAACUAUCCGCCAGGUGACUGAUAAAGAUGCUGUGAAACAGAGACUGACUGUUAUAGUGGAGGACAACGGGCAGCCCUCUCGUUCAGCUACAGUCAUUGUUAACGUGGCGGUGGCGGACAGCUUCCCGGAAGUGCUGUCGGAGUUCACUGACUUUCCUCACGACAAGGAGUACAAUGACAACCUGACUUUUUACUUAGUGCUGGCUUUGGCUGUAGUGUCCUUCCUGUUCAUCACGUGUUUAGUGGUUAUUAUAUCAGUGAAAAUCUACAGAUGGAGACAGUCUCGCGUCCUGUAUCACUCCAGUCUCCCUGUGAUUCCAUAUUAUCCUCCACGUUACUCAGACACUUUGGGGACAGGGACUCUCCCACACGUGUACAACUACGAGGUGUGCAGGACGACUGACUCCAGAAGGAGUGACUGUAAGUUCGGCGGAGCUGGUAGUCAGAACGUGUUGAUAAUGGACCCCAGUUCUACAGGGACGAUGCAGCGGAUACAGAGUGAGAAGAGCAUCCUGGAUGAACCAGACUCUCCUCUGGAGGUUAGUUUUCCACAAGAUACAUAUUUGUUACAUCCACUAAUCGUCCAGGCCCAAAUGCGGUACAUUGCCACAUUGAGAUCACCUCGUCAGGAAUAGUUUUGUGCUUCAUUUUUGCGGUUAUCCUGAUUCAGCACCAUGGACAGCGUUCAGCGCAUGCGUG